GCAUUGAUCCCGCAUUUUGCCCGAGAAGCGCACGAAAUGUUCCAUAUGGCUCCUGACUAAUCCUUAAACCUGUGUGUUUUCCAUACCAUGAUGAUUAUGUACAUAGGGAGAGCAAUGAAUGAAGAAUGAUGCAUAUUGCGUUGAUGUCGAUGGCUCGAUGGCGACAGUCCGCCAACCGUCCGUAAGCGCCGGGGGCUUGGCGUUGUUGUCCGCGACAACCCAAGGGGUCCAAAGAGACCCUGUCAAUCCCUCUCCAUCUUUCCAUCUUCCCAUCUUUCUUCCUCCGCCUUUCUUCGAUUCUUUCCCCUCCGCCGCAACCACGCCUUCUCCUUCUCUUUGUUUCCCCCCCCCUCCUUCGUUACACAACGAUCGUUUUGUUGCUCUCGUGGGAUCGAUUCCCUUCAUUCUUUCGCAAUUCCCACCCGCCCGCCAAGGCGGCUGCGCCCCAGCCAAGCCCAACAUUGGUCGUUCGCUGUUGUCGGAAUCCCUUUCCACCUCUGUAUACUACUCGUGAAGCUGUGGGUUCUCGGAGAAAAACAGCACAUCGCCAGUUAUCUUUCAUCUCCGGUGUGACCCGUCAUACAUGAUCGGACCCCGAGCCAAGAUCUC